AUGACGAAGAUAGCAGUCCCGGUGCCGGGUCCGGCGCGACUCAAGAAGUCGGCAGGACCGGAUGAAUGGCUGGAAGCGGCGAAGAACUGCAAAUACCUCUCAGAAUAUCACAUGAAGCAGCUCUGCGAGAUAGUCAAAGAGUACAUGAUGGAAGAAUCAAACAUCCAGCCUGUAUCUACCCCGGUCACAAUAUGCGGCGACAUACACGGCCAAUUCUACGAUCUCCUCGAACUCUUCCGAGUCGCCGGCGGCAUGCCGAACGAGACCGCACCACAAACACCCGUCACACCCGCCAACAUCAUUACCGCCGCCGACAUCGAACCUCCCUCGACCAUCACCGACCCCAAACUAAAGAAGAAGCUCAAACUUGGAGGAGCACAACAUCCUGACUCGACUGGCGAACAAAGCAGCGAGGUCAGCGAUGCAGAAGACAUUCCAUCAUCACAACAAUCCGAUACCGAAGGGGAAAAGUCCGAGUCUGGAAAUGUCAUAUCCCGUCGGCAGAACGCCAACUUCAUCUUCCUCGGCGACUACGUUGACCGCGGCUACUUUUCACUCGAAACACUCACCCUCCUACUAUGCUUGAAGGCAAAAUACCCCGAGCGUAUCACACUCGUUCGCGGCAACCACGAAUCAAGACAAAUAACACAGGUCUACGGCUUCUACGAAGAAUGCGUGCAGAAAUACGGCAACACAUCAGUGUGGAAGGCAUGCUGUCAAGUGUUCGACUUCAUGACACUCGGAGCAAUCGUCGAUGGCAAGGUCCUUUGCGUUCACGGCGGACUCUCACCAGAGAUCAGAACGCUCGAUCAAGUGCGAGUCGUUGCACGAGCACAAGAAAUUCCACACGAAGGCGCAUUCUGUGACCUGGUUUGGUCCGAUCCUGAAGACGUCGAAACAUGGGCUGUGUCACCUAGAGGUGCUGGCUGGCUGUUUGGUGAUCGCAUAUCGCAAGAAUUCUGCCAUGUCAACGGCCUCAGCCUGAUUGCUCGAGCACAUCAACUUGUCAACGAAGGCUACAAGUACCACUUCAAGAGUCAAGACGUCGUCACUGUCUGGUCGGCACCCAACUACUGCUACCGAUGCGGCAACAUGGCUUCUGUCUGCGAGGUUGGCGAAGAUAUGAAGCCAAACUUCAAGUUGUUCUCUGCGGUCAAGGAUGAGCUAAGACAUGUCCCACCUUCUCGUGGUGGACGUAAUGAGUACUUCCUCUGA